AUGAAGGGUAAUGAGGUUUUCAGAUGGUCAGAGAGAGGGAAGCGAGCAUCUAGUCAAAUCAAGUCAGCCAUAGCGGAUGCUCCCACAUUGAUGUAUCUAGACUUCAACAAGGAUUUCAAUGUUUACUGUUAUGCUUCAGAUUCCACAUUGUCUGCAAUUUUAACUCAAAAUCAUGACGAUAACGUCGAGGUGCCAAUAGCGUUUAUGAGCAUUCCCUUGAAGGAACGUGAACUGAAGUAUUCUAUUGUCAAAAAACAAGCUUUUGCGGUGGUGAAGGCUGUGAAACAAUUUCGUUUCUACAUCUUGAAUUCACACUCUAAUAUAUAUGUUCCAGAUACUAUUGUGAAGACAAUUCUUACUCAACAAGAGAUUGGAUUGAGCAAGAGGGCUUCCUGGAUUGCAAAGGUUCGGGAAUAUGAUAUUGAUAUCAAACCUACCAAGCUUGUUCGAGGAUGCGUGGAUAAAGAGCAAAGAGAGAAGCUUCUUAAGUUCUUUCAGAAUGAAGCAUGUGGUGGGCAUUUUUCUUCCUCAGUAACGACAUACAAGAUGCUAAGGAAUUGUUACUAUUGGCCCGGGAUGUUUAGGAAUGCUGAUGAGUGGGUGAAGAAAUGUGACACAUGUCAGCAGUUUAAAGGAAAGGUUGUUCCAGUAAAGCAAACAACAUCAGAGGUAGUCUGUGACUUCAUCAAGCAAAACCUCUUAGUAAGAUAUGGAGUUCCACAUAAGAUCGUCACCGACAAUGCUAUCAACUUCUCUUCCCAUGAGAUAUCAGCUUUUUGUUACAAAUAUGGAAUCAUUCUUUCUCAUGCAUCUGACUAUUACCCACAAGGGAAUGGUCAAGCUGAGGCUAGUAAUAAGAAUAUUAUUACCAUUCUCCGGAAGCUAGUUGAUGAAAAUGAAAGGACUUGGCACAAACAUUUGUAUGAAGCAUUAUGGGUUGAUCGCACCACGAAGAAACGAGCUAUCGGGUUAUCUCCUUUUGAAAUAGAUUAUGGAACAGAAGCAAAGUUGUCAAUUCCUUUGGAGUUGUCUUUUCUCAAGUUGCAAGAAGUGUUGGAUAAUUAUGAAUUCAAAGACGCCUUAUAA